AUGUCUUCCUACAGGCAGGUCUGCAAUUAUGGCAGCUAUUCGCCCUGCGACGUGAGCUGCCCCCCACCAUACGCAAAUGCCUGGAACGAGCCCUGCGUCACCUCCUGUGGGGACUCCCGUGCUGUGGUCUACCCACCGCCCGUGGCCAUCGUCUUCCCAGGCCCCAUCCUCAGCACCUGCCCUCAGGAGAGCUUUGUGGGCACCUCAGCCCCGCUGGAAAUAGGCAGCUCCUUUGGCUACGGGAGCUCCUUGGAUGCCCAGAGCUCCUUUGGGUCCGGCACCUUCCUGGGUGGAAGGUUCUCCUACCCCUGCUAUUCCCGCAGGUACACGACUUACCGUUUAUCUACUUCACAAAAGAUGUCUUCAGGAGGACAGCUCAUGAGCAGUAGAUGCUUCCCACCCUGCGAGGUGAUCUGCCCAGAUCCAUGUGCGGAAGCCUGGAACUGGCCCUGCGUCACCUCCUGUGGGGACUCCCGUGCCGUGGUCUACGCACCACCAGUGGUCGUCACCUUCCCAGGCCCCAUCCUCAGCUCCUGCCCUCAGGAGAGCAUAGUGGGCACCUCGUUCCCAAUACCCACAGUUGGUAGCGUCUGUAGCUGGGCCUACUGCAAGGAUGCAUCCAGCGGGAAGAAAACACGUAGGAGCACCGUGGUGCACACUGAGGCAUGUAUUUUGGGACGAAUCUCUCUGCAGGGAGGGUGA